CUAAAGGCAAUCUGCACACUCACUUCCGCUAACGCUCUGCCGUAAAGCGCACCAAGCAAACUACAUCUCCCAGAAUAUACCGCGCGCAGCGUCACCGACGCCUGCUCUCAUUGGCUGACGCUUUGUCUUUCGUGGAGACAGGAUGGUCUUGAUCAAUGCACUUGCAAGACACAAUCUCAAGAGCCUGAUCUGGGGAUUUGUAACACAGACAAAGGCGACAGUGAGGAGGGGACAUGCAUUUUCUUGCACUGUAAGACAGGAUCAGCUGUUGGCUCAUGUCGGUGGAAAUGGACUACCUGCCCAACCAUUGUUCUCAAGGAAAAAUCGAAAUCUACAUAAAAGGUGCUUGAGUGACAGCCGAGGAGCCUUUCUUGAAAUCCAGAGGGCAUGGAGUCAGAACAGCGCACAUUUUGGAGGGGGUGGUGACAGUAGGAACACCUGUCUAUCCCUUGAGGACGUAGCUCUACAAAUAAAGGAAGGCCUGUACCGGAGGAUACUAGUUAUGGUGGGGGCUGGUAUCAGUACAGACAGUGGAAUCCCAGAUUUCAGGUCUCCCACAAGCGGACUAUACAGCAGACUGCAAGAAUACAACCUUCCUUACCCUGAAGCAAUCUUUGAUUUGAGAUACUUCCUCAGGGAACCCCAACCUUUCUUGCAUCUAGCCCGAGAUCUCCUUCCCGGGCAUCACCACCCAAACACUGCUCAUCACUUCCUCCGCUUACUCAAUGACAAGAAGGUGCUGCUACGUCUCUACACACAGAAUAUUGAUGGAUUAGAGAGAGCGGCCGGGAUACCAUCAGAAAAGUUGGUGGAAGCUCACGGCUCAUUUUCCUCUGCAACAUGUACCAUGUGCCUCAAAUCUUACCCUGGUGAGACUUUUCAGAAAGCUGUGAUGGAGUCUCGAGUUCCCCUCUGUUCUUCAUGUGGGGGUCUCAUCAAAGCUGACAUUGUGUUUUUUGGAGAGCAGCUCCCACCUCGCUUCCUGCUACACCUGACAGACUUCCCCCGAGCAGAUUUGUUGUUUGUCAUUGGUACAUCUCUGGAGGUGGAACCAUUUGCCAGUCUGGUUUAUGCAGUCCCUUCAUCCGCCCCCCGUGUCCUCAUUAAUCGUGAUCCGGUUGGACCUUUUGCACGUGGCUCCCAAGGGCUUAAUGUGCUGGUACUUGGAGAGGUGACCACUGGAAUUAAACGAUUUGUUCAGCUUCUGGGGUGGCAGCAGGAGCUGGAGGAGCUUGAGAAGAAUGGAAAGCAAACUUAACAGCCGAAUAAUUCCAAGGAACAAGUUCAGUGAUGAUCAGUAUAAUAUCCUGGGAUACAGACACAUGGCAUUAAAGGAGAAGGAAAGUUAAACUAAAGAAGUAGCUAGAAAUGCUGCACAUGAUGUUUUGUGCUUCUGUACCAGCCCAAGGCAACCACAGCCCUUUAGCAGUAAAGAUCUGUGUCUCCAAAGAUGCCCCAGUAGCUCCCCAUCUUCUUUUCUGCUGAUUCACUGCACAUGCUCUGUGCUGCUGUCACUUACUGAG